AUGGUGCUCGAGCCCACAGGGUGGUACUCGUACGACGAGUUCGCCCAUGUGUUCUCUCGGCUCCGCCACCCCGAGGAAUACGCCUCUAUCGCAACGAAGAUCGCAGUAUGGAAGUCUCGCGCAAAGGUGCCGGCAGCUGUGACGGCGACGGAGUCGCUCAUCAGCGCCGUUGUCGCGGAUCACCAGUGUUCAUUGACAGAAUCCGGCCUGCGCAGCCUAUACGCCAUGGCCGUAAUACGCGCUGUAAACCUGUUGCUGGAUCACGAGCAGGACCGCGAAUAUGCCCGCAGCUUGCGCGAACUUGCUAAGGAAUGCGAAUUGCCCGAGUACAUCAUAACGGUCCGUAACGAAUGCUCGCACCGGGAGAUCCCCGACCUGAACACACUGCGCCUCGCGGCAUUCGACGCGAUAAACUAUGUGUACAAUAAGUACUGGUCGGCACAGCACAAGAGCAUCAUGUUCAAGCUGAACAACCCCGACUACGACACGCUGUGCAUGUCUUUGCUGCUCAUUGGCUGUUAUAGUUCGGCACUAACCAGGCUACCGUCGGAUGCCGCAGAUCCUUGCGUGCUGUGGACUGCAUACCGUGGCGGUGGAACUAAGGCCCGUGUGGCUCUGUGCAGGCGGGACCCCGUCUUCGAUUCGGCUGUUAUCACAGCACGCCGUCUCGCCGCUAAUGCCACUAGGCGCUCGUAUCUAUCGAUAUGGCGCCGCAUCCACGGGACGUCCCAGGUUGCCGAUGAGGCUCAUUCCUGGGGAGCCAGAUCGCUGUAUCAGGCCGCCAUUAUAAAGACCGCUGGUAUAGCCCGGCGCAUUGCUGACGGCUGCGCUCACCAGAGUUUUUUCGUCUCCGUGUUUGUGGAGUUCGUGUUCGCCCACUUCGAGCCGGACCCCAACAGCGUUUUUAUGGUGUUCAUGCUGGAAUGCCUGAACCAGCUGCCUUUCAACUUCGCCGUGGAGCUAGCGGCAGCGGCGCUGUGCAUAGUAUUCGACCUCCCGGACGGUCUGACGGAUGAGCAAUGCCAUAGACAGCCUCCGAUGUACUUCGAUCGCAUUGCUCAAUACUCGAAGUUUUUGUCAUCAACUGCUGUCACAUGCAUUCGGAGCAUGCACUCUGGAGGGAACCGAGCCCUGGAGCAGGAAAGCACGGAGGCUGGCGCAGCUCGCCGUCGAGUUAACGCGUGGUUGGUUUCGAUCAUAUCGUGGGCGAUGAUGUUUGAGCACAAGCGCUACUGCCACCGGUUACCUGUUUGUAUUCGCACCGUGGCGUGCGGGAUGUCCGUCGAUGCGCAGCGACUUUGGGUGGCUUGUGGCAACGGCCUCGCCAGGUUUGCAACUGCCAUACACGCGCUGUUGCCGCACGCUGCCGUGCAGCUGUCUUCUCGCGGGACUGUACUUCCAGCUGGACUGCGAUGGAACCCGCAACCUUGGGAGUCCAACCGUCUUUCGCACGCCUUGGGCCUGUACGCCUGGAUAUCUGGAUUCCUCGAAAAGGGUUCGGUUAAAGGAUACGUUUUUUCCAGCCUGAAUACGUCGGAAGUCCAGAAGAUGUUAAGGUCGCUAAAGGGAGGGAGGGAAGUGAAUUUAACAGCAGUGGACAAGAUGCUGCUUCCUGGCACUCUCUGGGACCCCGUGCGCUGGCGCGUACAACACACUGUACGGCGUUUGUGUGAGUCUUUCGCAUGCCACUCGCGUAUAUCGUCUGCCUUGGAUGAGGCGUCCGAGCGAUGCCCCGUCCGGCUACCUAGCAAGGUCAGCCGCCGGUUCCAGCGGUCUGUGCGCCGCGCGACCAAGGCGUCGGCGGAAAGCCACCGCGACAUACGCGCACUGAUGCAAAUAUACGGGCAGCUGGUAGCACCCGUCAAGUCACUCGCCCAUAGAGAACGCUACUCCUAG